GAUGGCUCCUCAUAUAAAAACAGUCUUCUUGGUCUCCCCCAACGUGCAACAAAAUAACUCUUUACAUCUUACGAGGUUGAAAUAUUUAUCCGCCAAGAGCUCUGAAGGGUAGACCGAGCUGUAGAUUGAUAUGCGUAUGGUACUCGGCGAAAUUUUCCCGGAGAAGAUAUCGAAGAGACAAGGAGAGGGACAACUUUGAAGCUAUGAGGUGGUGGUGAAGCCGCUCCGCUCUCCUCGGCAGACAGACAGACUUGGUGUGGUCAGGCAGAAGCCUGGGCCCCGGCUAGUUAGCGAUAGCUGCUAACUAGCUUAGACUUAAUGUACUGCUGUCUGUUGCACUGGAAACGGUACAACAGCUUAGAGGAAACAUCCUCAAAUUACUGCUCACCUUUUGAAUGCGGGCGUGAGAGGCCAUACAGUUUUUGACCAUGGCUGUAUCGAGACUUGAUCGUUUGUUCAUCCUGCUCGACACUGGAACAACACCGGUAACGAGGAAAGCAGCAGCCCAGCAACUUGGAGAAGUGGUCAAACUCCACCCACAUGAACUCAAUAACCUCCUAUCAAAGGUCUUGACCUACCUAAGGAGUCCCAACUGGGACACUCGAAUAGCAGCAGGACAGGCUGUAGAAGCCAUUGUGAAGAAUAUUCCAGAGUGGGACCCGGCUCCCAAGCCUAAAGAAGAGUCUUGUGAAGACUUAUCCCCUGAUGACUCCUCUUGUGACCGUUUGAGUUUCUAUCACUUUGACAUCUCCCGCCUACUCAAACAUGGGGCCUCUCUGCUGGGAUCUGCUGGGGCUGAGUAUGAGCUGCAGGAUGACAAAGCUGGGGAGAUAGACCCUAAGGAACGCCUUGCUCGCCAGAGGAAGCUUCUUCAGAAGAAAUUGGGUUUGAACAUGGGUGCUGCCAUGGGAAUGGACACAGAGGAGCUGUUCAAUGAUGAGGACCUUGACUACAACUGUCAACCCAGUGGAUUUGCAGCACAUGGCAGCAAAGCAACAGUUGGAUUCAGCUCCCACAACCAUGUACCUAUUCAUGCUGCUGAGCUGAUUGAUUCAGAGUUCCGGCCAGGCAUGAGCAGUCGUCAGAAGAAUAAGGCUAAGAGAAUGGCUAAACUAGUAGCAAAACAGCGAUCCAGAGAUAUGGAUCCAAAUGAAAAGAGUAAUGACAGUUUUGAGGGUGAACCUGAAGAGAAACGAAGGAAAACAACAAAUGUAGUUAUUGACCAACCAGCGACGGAGCAUAAAGUCUUAAUUGACAACGUUCCAGAUAAUUCCAGUCUUUCAGAAGAGUCACAUGAAUGGCCACUAGAGAGCUUCUGCGAGGAGCUCUGCAAUGACCUCUUCAAUCCUUCCUGGGAGGUACGUCAUGGUGCCGGUACAGGUCUCAGAGAAAUCAUCAAGUCCCAUGGGGCCGGGGGUGGAAAGUUGGUGGGAAGUACUGUAGAACAGAUGUUGCGGCAACAUCAGGAGUGGAUCGAGGACCUGGUUAUUCGGCUGCUCUGUGUCUUUGCCCUGGACCGUUUUGGGGAUUUUGUAUCUGAUGAGGUGGUGGCUCCUGUAAGGGAGACGUGUGCCCAGACACUUGGUGUUGCCCUUCGCCACAUGAAUGAAACUGGUGUUUCCAUGACGGUGGACGUGCUGCUAAAGCUGCUUAAAGAGGACCAGUGGGAAGUCCGUCAUGGAGGUCUGCUGGGAAUCAAGUAUGCACUGGCUGUGCGACAGGAUUUGAUCUCUAUCUUGCUGCCUCGGGUGCUUCCUGCCAUCACUGUAGGCCUACAGGACCUAGACGACGAUGUCAGAGCUGUGGCGGCUGCAGCCCUCAUCCCUGUAGUGGAAGGCUUGGUCCGACUUCUUCCCAGUAAGGUGCCCUUUAUAGUGAACACACUAUGGGAUGCUCUUUUAGACCUGGAUGACCUCACUGCUUCCACCAACAGCAUCAUGACAUUGCUGUCCUCAUUGCUCACUUAUCCCCAGGUUCGACAGUGCAGCAUGCAGGAGUCUUUAACCGUCCUGGUUCCUCGGGUCUGGCCAUUCUUGAGACACACUAUAUCAUCAGUGAGACGUGCUGCUCUGGAAACCCUUUUCACCCUGCUGUCCAAAGCUGACCAGAGCUGUGCAAUGUGGAUCAACCCCAUCCUACAAGAGAUGCUGCGGCACAUCUUCCAGUCCUGCAUACUGGAGAGCAACGAGGAAAUCCUUGAACUAAUCCAAAAGGUGUGGAUGGAGCUGCUGUCUCAGGCUCCCCAGCAGUACAUAGUUGCAGCCAGUUGUCCAUGGAUGGGUUCCUGGCUUUGUCUCAUGAUGCAGGCCUCACACAUUCCUAUAGACCUGAAUAUGCUGCUGGAAGUGAAAGCUCGCUCCAAGGAUAAGGCUGGUGCGAAGGCACGUCAGGGCACCAUCCAGGUAAAGGAGACAGUCCAGGAAUAUAUAGCGGGUGCAGAGACUGUGACUGAUGAUCCACUGACAAGAGACUAUGUAGUAGUUCGAGCUCGCCUCAUGGCUGCCAAAUUGCUGGGGGCUUUGUGUAGAUGUAUCUGUGACCCUCAGCUAAACGCUGCAUCUCAGGAGAUCCGACCAGCUGAGUCUUUAGGCCAGCUGUUGCUCUUCCACCUCAACUCAAAGUCUGCCCUGCAGCGCAUAGCUGUGUCUCUGGUGCUUUGUGAGUGGGCUGCAAUGCAGAAGGAUUGUCAGGUGGUGGUGUCCAUAGUGCAGCCUCGUCUUCUGGCCAUUCUGUCAGAGCACUUGUACUAUGAUGAGAUUGCGAUUCCCUUCACACGCAUGCAGAAUGAGUGCAAGCAACUCAUUGCAUUGCUAGCUGAUGCCCACAUAGACCUUCAAGACCGCCUCAGUUGUAGCGUUUUCACCAUUGACCAAGCCAAUGAGCUGGUAACCUCCAUCUUUACACAGUCAACAGCAGGUCUGAAUGUGUCAAAGCAGUGGCAGGCCCUGGACGGUAAACGGCAGCAGGCUCAAGCAACAGUGACGGAGACCAGUACAGAGUGGCAGCAGCUGCAUCUACGUGUCCACAUGUUCACCGCCUGCGCAGUGAUCAACCUGCAAGCGCUUCCAGACAAGCUCAACCCUCUGGUCAGGCCUUUGAUGGAGGUCAUUAAGCGAGAGGAGAACACCCUGAUUCAGGGUUUUGCUGCUUCUUUUAUAUCUAAACUGUUGCAGCAGUGUGCUGGACGUUCCCCAUGCCCCAACCCCAAGAUCAUCAAAAACCUUUGUGCUUCAGCCUGCGUAGACUCUUUAGUCACACCCUCAUCUGCCUUCCCUGUUCCCUCCACGCAGGACAAUGCAAAGGGUGGUGGGCUGGAGAAAGAUGGCAUGUACCACACAGUUAACAAAACCUGCGGCAUCAUCACACUGUACCGUCACCAAAGAGCAGCGUUUGCCAUUACCAGUAAGAGAGGACCAGCCCCUAAAGCCCCAAAGACUCCCUCCACAGAGCUUCCUUCUGGCAGCACUAUCAGCACUGAAAAUGAUGAGAGCAGAAAGCCAUUUCUCGUUCAAAGAAGAGGGGCAGAAUUCUGCCUAACAACUGUUGCCAGGCACUUUGGUGCAAACUUCACCAAGUCUCUACCAUACCUCUGGGAGAACACAGUGGGACCCCUGAGGACAGUGGUGACUGAAAAUCAGUCCAUUGAUAGGAAAGUCCAACUGGAGAGGGGAGACACUGCAGCCCAGGAACUGGUCAACUCCCUGCAAGUUCUGGAGGUUAUUGCUGGGGCCAUGAGUUGUGAACUCAAACUUUUGCUACUGGAGCACUUGCCACAUCUGUUCACCUGCCUGCAGCACCCAUACACAGCGGUGCGUCACAUGGCUGCACGCUGUGUGGGUGUGCUUAGUAAGCUGGCAAUGCUGGAGACGAUGAACAGUUUUCUGGAGUGUGUACUCCCCUGGUUGGCUGCCAUUGAGGACUGCACCAAACAGGAGGGAGCCAUAGAGGCUCUAGCUUGUGUCAUGGAGCAGCUGGAUGUAGACAUUGUACCUUACAUCGUGCUGCUUGUUGUACCGGUACUCGGCCGUAUGAGUGACCCCAGCGAUAGUAUUCGUUUUAUGGCCACGCAGUGCUUUGCCACACUCAUCCGACUGCUGCCACUGGAGGCUGGCAUACCAGACCCCCCAGCCAUGUCCGCUGACCUUAUCCGCCAGAAAGCCAGAGAGCGCCACUUCCUGGAGCAACUGUUGGAUGGAAGAAAGUUGGAGAAUUAUAAGAUUCCGGUGCCUAUUAAAGCUGAACUCAGGAAGUACCAGCAGGAUGGAGUGAACUGGCUAUCCUUCCUGAACAAAUACAAGCUGCACGGGAUCCUGUGUGAUGACAUGGGUCUUGGCAAGACGCUGCAGUCCAUCUGCAUUCUGGCAGGAGAUCACUACCUCAGGGCACAGGAAUAUGCCAAGACUAAAGCCGCAGACUGCAGCCCCCUGCCCUCCCUGGUGGUCUGUCCUCCCACACUGACUGGCCACUGGGUGGACGAGGUUAGCAAGUUCUGCAGCAGAGAAUACCUCUACCCACUGCACUACACUGGGCCUCCUACAGAGAGAAUGCGGUUACAACACCAAGUGAAGAAACACAAUCUUGUGAUAGCCUCUUAUGAUGUUGUGCGGAAUGACAUUGACUUUUUUAAAAAUAUCAAGUUCAAUUACUGUAUUCUUGAUGAGGGUCAUGUCAUCAAGAAUGGGAAAACCAAACUGUCCAAAGCCAUUAAACAGUUGGCUGCCAACUUCCGGGUGAUCCUGUCAGGAACACCCAUUCAGAACAAUGUCCUAGAGCUCUGGUCAUUGUUUGACUUCCUCAUGCCAGGAUUCCUUGGAACAGAACGGCAGUUUGCUGCACGCUAUGGUAAACCAAUCUUGGCUAGUCGUGAUGCUAAAAGUUCUUCACGGGAGCAGGAGGCAGGUGUCCUGGCGAUGGAGGCCUUGCAUCGACAGGUGCUACCCUUCCUUCUUAGGAGAAUGAAGGAGGAUGUCCUGCAGGACCUUCCUCCUAAAAUCAUUCAGGAUUAUUACUGCAACUUAAGUCCUUUACAGGUUCAGCUGUAUGAAGACUUUGCAAAGUCUCGAGCCAAGGCCAAUGUUGAGGACACCAUCACUGUGCCCUCUACAGAGGAGGAGGAAAAACCCAAAUUGAAAGCCACAGGCCACGUCUUUCAGGCCCUGCAGUACCUGCGCAAGCUGUGCAACCACCCCAGCUUGGUGUUGACGUCACAGCAUCCAGAGUACAAACGCAUCACCGAGCAGUUGGCAGGUCAAAACUCCAGCCUGCGGGACAUUCAGCACGCACCCAAACUCUCCGCUCUCAAACAGUUGUUGUUGGACUGUGGUCUUGGUGGUGGAGCAGGAUCAGAGGGCGGCACUGAGGCAGUGGUUGCCCAGCAUCGUGUGCUCAUUUUCUGUCAGCUCAAGAGCAUGCUGGACAUCGUAGAGCACGAUCUGCUGAGACCCAAACUGCCCACCGUCACCUACCUGAGGCUGGAUGGCAGUGUGCAGGCUGGCCUGCGCCACUCCAUCGUUUCAAGGUUUAACAACGACCCAUCCAUUGACGUGCUGCUGCUGACCACGCAUGUAGGUGGUCUUGGUCUGAACCUGACUGGUGCAGAUACUGUGGUGUUUGUUGAACAUGACUGGAACCCAAUGAGGGACCUGCAGGCCAUGGAUCGUGCCCAUAGGAUAGGACAGAAACGGGUUGUGAACGUGUACAGGCUGAUCACACGGGGAACACUGGAGGAGAAAAUAAUGGGUCUGCAGAAAUUCAAGAUGAGCAUCGCCAACACGAUCAUCAGCCAAGAGAAUGCCAGCCUGCAGAGCAUGGGCACGGAUCAGCUCCUCAACCUCUUCACUCUUGAUAAGGAUGAAAAGGGCGAUAGGGGUGAGCAGACACCAUCGACCUCAGGAAAGUCCUCCAUGAAGUCGGUGCUGGACGGCCUGGGCGAGUUAUGGGACCAGCAGCAGUAUGACACCGAGUACAACCUGGACAGCUUCAUGCACUCCCUACAGUAGCAGCCUCCAUUUGCUGGCCAAAUAGGACCUUGUCAGAGACCAAGGAGACUUCCUACUGCUGCAGUUAUUUGCCCUGUUCCCAAACCCCACCAUCAGAAAGUUAACUAUAAAGAGUCACUGAUGGAUCAUUGUUACAGUACGGGUCCCGAGCAAUAACUAAACACAGCCCAAAUAAGAACUGAAUUUAUAUUUUAGUGUGUGGUUGUGGUAAGUUAGGCUGCAACAGUGUUUGAACAUUUUUCUUGACAUUUCUGAACAUUGUCAGAGAUUUAAUAAUUCCCCAAAAAAAGUCAGGUUUUUCAACAAACCUGUUACAAAUCUGAAUAUAAGGUACAGUGAUGAUGUACUACGAUUAACAAAGGUCUUCAGUGUUUGUUUGGAUAAAAGCAGCCUCACCACUACGUACAGUGAUGUUAUGCUAUCAAGCUCAAAGUGUAUCGUACUUGCAUAGUAAUGCUUUCCAGUCACAGCGUCAGGUGCUACUUUUACAGCCCACUGCACUUCUCGUCCUUUGCCAGAGUAUACAGUGUUCACUGCUUCAGACAGCAUUACCCAGUUGCGCCUCCCUGCCCCUUCUGUCGUCACAAAGUCUUAAAAGCACUGCUGUACCCACACACGCCUGUCAACGAACACCUCUGUUUACAAACAUGUUUUGUAUGGCAAAAGGAAAUGGAGCGAUAGUGCUAAGUUUGCUGGGGAAACCACAGGAUGUCAUCAGCGUUGGGUCAACUCAGGAGCUGUUUGUGCUCAACAAGAUGACUUUAAUCCACCAGGUGGUGCAGUUCCUUUUUGUACGUUCAUUAAAAGAAUCUGUUCCCUGGACCUGUGGCCGUCAUGAGGCUGUGGUGGAGAACUGAUCUGUGUGUGUUGUCCAGUGUAGUAAUAGCCUGGAAAAGCACUGCACUUGAAGCAGCAGUUUCAGCUUUGCUCCAUGACCAGUCAACUGGUACCUGAAACUUGUCACAAGUAUUUUAAAAAAAGAAUAAUAGGCUUGUACAUAUUUCUGUAAUUGCUGCUUUUUGUUUAUGAUUGUGGGAUUGUAAUAAAUUCUACAGACCUUUGAA